GUGAUUACCUCCUUCACUCUGUUUCUUCACCGAUUUUUCUCAUUUCUUUUCAAUUUCUCUCCUCAUCAAUCAAUAUUAUCUCUGAAAAUGGCGGAGGCGCUUGUUUCCGCUCUCUUGCAGCAGCUAAAAACAAUCAUUUAUGAAGAGGGAAAACGAGAGGUGAAACUGGUGACUGGUGUUGGGAAAGAAAUCAAGAGGCUCGAAGAAAAUCUCGAGUCCAUCCAAGCUUUGCUUGAUGAUGCUGAGGAAAGGCAGAUGAAGGAUAAAAGCAUCAAGAUUUGGUUAGAAAGACUCAAAGAAGUAUCUUAUGACAUGGAGGACGUGCUGGAUGAGUGGAACACUGCACUCUUGAAGUCGCAAUUAUACGAAGCAGAUCAGAAUAUCUUCUCUCUUUUCGUGGGAAAGGUAUGUCAUCUCUGCCUUUCAUGUUUUUGUUGUGGUCAAGUUGUUCAUCGCCGUGGCAUUGCUCUUAAAAUAAAGGACAUCAAUGAAAGAUUAGAUGAGAUUGCUAAGGCUAAAGAUAGGUAUCAAUUGACAUCAAGGGAAGUUAGACAGCCUAGAAGAGUAGAAAGUACAUCAUUUACUGAGGAGUCGAAGUUGCAUGGUCGAGAUGAGGUUAAGAAAGACUUAGUAGACAGUUUGUUGUGUGGUAACAGUGAUGAAAGAGAGAAUGAUGUCAGAACCAUCUCGAUUGUCGGCAUGGGAGGGAUUGGGAAAACAUCUCUUGCUCAACUUGUAUAUAAUGAUGAGACAGUUAUGGCCCAUUUUAAUAAGAAAAUAUGGGUUUGCGUCUCGGAAGUUUUUGAUUUGAGCAAAGUUGCGAAAGCAAUUAUUAUUGGUCUUGCAGAGCCUAAGAAGGAUUCAAAACAAAUAGAUCCUGACUCGGCUCCACUGCAAAAUCUUCUUGAAGAAAUUUGCAAAUCUAUUGAGGGGAAGAAGUUUUUUCUUGUUCUGGAUGAUGUGUGGACCGAUGGAAGUGAAUCUUGGGAAUCAUUGAAUCAAGCUUUCAAACAUGCUGCACCUGGAAGUAGGAUUUUGGUGACUACACGAAAGGAUACAGUCGCAGACACCAUGAAAUCCUUUCGUGUCUUUCAUCUAGAACAAUUGAGUGAAGAUGUAUGUUGGAAAAUACUUUGCCAAGAAGCCUUUGUUGGAAGGGGUGAGGAGCAAUGUAAAAAUUUUGAGGACAUCGGAAAAAAUAUUGCAAAAGAAUGCAGUGGAUUGCCAUUGGCUGCAAAAACGAUCGGAUGCAUGCUACGUUUCAAGAAAACGAAAGAAGAGUGGACAAUUAUCUUGAACAGUGAGAUAUGGAAAUUAGAAUUGGAAGGUAUUUUUGCUCCUUUAUUGUUGAGUUAUUUAGAUUUACCCUCAGCAGUAAGACGGUGCUUUUCGUAUUGCUCUACCUUCCGUAAAGGUGUUAAGAUUGGAAGAAAGAGCCUGAUUCGUCAAUGGAUGGCACAGGGUUAUUUAAAUUUUAGUGAGAAUCCUGAGAUGGAGAUUGUUGGGGAUGAGUACUUUGACUGCUUGGUGGCACGGUCUUUCUUUCAAGAUUUCCUAAAACUUGAAGAUGGUAGCAUACGUGGAUCUUGGGAAUCAUUUAAUCAAGCUUUCAAACCUGCUGCACCUGGAAGUAGGAUUUUGGUGACUACACGAAAUGAUAGAGUUGCGAUGACUAUGAAAUCCUUUCGUGACUUUCCUCUAGAGCAAUUGAGUGAAAAUGUAUGUUGGAAAAUACUUAACCAGGAAGCGUUUGUGGGAUGGGGUGAUGAGCAAUGUAAAAAUUUAGAGGACAUCGGAAAAAAUAUUGCAAAAAAAUGCAGUGGAUUGCCAUUGGCUGCAAAAACGCUCGGAAGCAUGCUACGUUCAAAGAAAACAAGAGAAGGGUGGACAAACAUCUUGAACAGUGAGAUAUGGGAAUUAGAUUUGGAAGCUGUUUUUGCUCCUUUGUUGUUGAGUUAUUUUGACUUACCCUCAGCUGUAAGACGGUGCUUUUUGUAUUGCUCUACCUUCCCUAAAGGUAUUGAGAUCAAUAGAGAUGUCCUAAUUUAUCAGUGGAUGGCACAAGGUUAUUUAAAUUCUAGUCAGAAUCCUGAGAUGGAAAUUACUGGGGUUGACUACUUUGAGUGCUUGGCGGCACGGUCUUUCUUUCAAGAUUUCCAAAAACUUGAAGAUGGUAGCAUACGGGCCUGUAGGAUUCAUGACAUAGUUCUUGACUUUGCUCGUUUCCUUAUGGGAGAUGGGGAAUUUGUGGUUAAAGAGGUUCAUCCUGAAGAUAAUUUAAGAAUAAAGCUUUCUUCAGAAAAAACUCACCAUCUGUUGGUAAUACUGGCAGAAAAUGCAGGCCUUCCUACUUCACUUGUUGGUGCAGAAAAAUUGCAGAGCUUAUCCAUCUUCGGAAGUGAUUAUGCAGUUGGAGGUGAAACUGGUAACUCACUUAUUCAGCCAAAACAUCUGCGUUCGUUGAUUGUCUGUGGGGUUAAGAUUGAAGGACUUCCUGAAGAAGUAGGCAAAUUGAUGCAUCUGAAACUGCUUGAUUUGUCUGGUAGUCAGUUAGGAAGAUUGCCUAAAGCAAUAUGCCGAUUAUUUAAUUUGCAAUCUUUGAUUCUACGAAAAUGUUCUCUGAAGAGACUGCCGGAUGGGAUAGAGAAAUUGGUCAACUUAAGGUAUCUUGACACAACUGAUUGUUUUCUUUUAACUUACUGUCCCAAAGGAAUUGGGAGAUUAACUUCACUUAGAGAGUUGGUGGGGAUUGUGGUUAGCUGUGAUCACAAUGAUGAUAAAGAAUUUAGCUUGGGGGAUUUGGAAAACUUGUGCCACCUUCGUAUUCUGGCAUUGAUAGUUGAACGUCAACAGAUUGAUGCUAAUGAAGUCAGACGUGCGACGCUGCAAAGUAAGAUACAUCUCAAGAAAUUAAAUUUAGAUGGUCCGUGGAAGUCCCGAACGGAAGAAGACUAUGUUAUCAAUGUCUUAAGCCCACCUUCACACACAAAUGUGACAUUUUCUGGAAAUUUUUAUUUAAGAAGCUUGAAACAAUUGGUGUUCGUAUCUCUGAAACUUCGUUAAGGAUUGAACCUGAGCAAGCUACUUCUGAUGGGGAAACCGUCUAAAUAUUGUGUGUUUUUUCAUUUUUUUCCUUCCUAAACAACAAUUAGUCUUGUGCGUUCUACAGCUGUUGAUCAAAUUAUCCUCAUUUUAUGUAUUUUCCAUGUUUCUUUGGUGGAGCAGUGAACAAUUCAGAACAUAUAAUCUUGUCAUUGAUACUUUAUGAUCAAAUUCCUAUAAUUUCCUUCUUUGGAAAACCCGUUGUUGAUAAUUAAAAAAUAAAUGACAACAUAUUCU